AUGCUAGAGAGAGGAGCCAACAAAAGCAUCAAUGACGAAGACAAUGAAGGCCGCACUGCUCUGGACCGUUGCGAAAAAGGAUCUCCACUCUACUUGUUGUUGCUUAAAUACGGAGCAAAGCCGCGCCCUGAGAAGCCACCAACGCCUCCCCCAGAGCCUGAGGUUACAGUUGCUGCAAGCAACCCACCAGCGAGCACAGAUUCGGAAGCAACGAAAGAGACACCGGAAAUAGUAAUGGCCGACGACGUCCCUGGCUUGGAACAGCACCCCGGUUUCUGGGGCUCUAUGUGUGGCUGUGGUGGUCGCUCACAUAAGACUGAGGCAGUGCCUGUUUUCAAGGCCUAG